AUGAACACCAACGUCUGCGUGGAGCCGGGGCCGGGCCCCGAGGCGCCGGGCCUGCCCAAGGAGAGCCACCUGCCCGAGGGCGCGCUCGGCAGCCUGGCGGAGUACAGCUCGGAGGUGGAGCGCUACCGCUCGUUCGCCAGCUCCUUCUACAAGAGCGGCGGCGGCGCCUUCCCGCAGGCGGCCAAGAUCGCGCGCAUCACCACCCCCAUCUUCCCGGGCAGCGCCGCCGCCGCCGCGGCCGCCGCGCGCAUCGGCAUGUCCCCGUGGAACUGCGACAACGCGGCCACCGCCGCCGCCACCGCCAUGCUCUGGGGCAGCGGCGGCGGCGGCGGCGGCGGGGGCGGGGGGGGCCGGAAGCCCUCCUCCUCCUCCUCCUCCUCUUCCUCCGCCGCCGCCGCCGCGCCCGCCCCCGCCGCGCCCCCCGCGGGCGGCGGCAGGACGGGCGCGCACCCCCGCGGCGACGCCCCGCGGCUGGGCAAGGCGGGCUGCGCGCCCGAGCCCGCGCUGCAGAUGGCCAACGCCAACUUCCUGUCGCCGCUGUCGCCCGAGCACUGCAGGCCGCUGGCGGGCGAGUGCGUGAACAAGCUCAAGUGCGGCGCGGCCGACGCGGAGCUCAUGAACCUGCCCGAGCGCGUGGGCACCUUCCCCGCGCUGCCCGCGCUCGGCGGCCUCUCGCUGCCGCCCGGCGUCAUCGUCAUGACGGCGCUGCACUCGCCCGCCGCCGCCUCGGCCGCCGUCUCGGACAGCGCGUUCCAGAUCGCCAACCUGGCGGACUGCCCGCAGGGCCACACCGCCGCCUCCUCCGCGCCGUCCUCGGGGGGCGCGGGCGCCGCCACGCCCGCCAAGAAGAAGCGGAAGCGCUGCGGGGUGUGCGUGCCCUGCAAGAGGCUCAUCAACUGCGGCGUCUGCAGCAGUUGCAGGAACCGCAAAACGGGACACCAGAUCUGCAAGUUUAGGAAAUGCGAGGAGCUCAAGAAAAAACCUGGCACUUCGCUAGAGAGAACACCUGUUCCCAGCGCCGAAGCAUUCCGAUGGUUCUUUUAAAGCAGUAGUAUA